AUGCAAAGGAAUUUAGACGAAUUGAGCCCGCAGCAUGCUGCAUUGAAAGAUCUGAGUGUUGAAGAUCUGAGACAAUUACCUGAUGAACUUUAUGAGAAAUAUGGAGGAUACAGAAUUAAAGAUAAAUGUAAACUGAAGCAAAAAUGUUACCAAGGGAUUGGUAUAUCAAAACCAGACAUUAAUGAUAAAAGAACGUAUAGAGACAUAAAAAGGAUUUUUGGAGAAUUAGAUACAGUCAAGUUGACAGAUGAAUUAACGGCCGAGGGUUUAGGCUUCGAGGAUGUGAUCUAUUUAUCUGACAAUGAUUUGAAAACGAUUGGAAUUGAAAGUGCUAGUGAGAGGUGUCGAAUCAUUAUAGAAUGUAAAAGAUUAAUGCGAAAAAUGCAAUAUGAAUAUGAUCUAAUAGACCAUGAGGGGAUUUUUGAUAGGAUGAAAAAUGGCAAUACCAGAGUGCUCAAAGAAAAUGACCAAUUUGUGGAACAUGAAAGAGAUUCUGAUAGAAUGUCACAAGAGAAUGGCGAAGCUAGUAAGUUCAAAAAAAUUUUUGGGGAUUUAUAUACGGAAGAAGUGGCAGAUAACUUCAGGGCUGAAGGUAUAGGAUUCGAGGAUGUGAUCUAUUUAUCUGACAAUGAUUUGAAAACGCUUGGAGUUAAAAGUGCAAGUGGGAGGAGUCGAAUCAUUAGAGAGUGUAAAAGAUUGCUCAAAGAAAAUGACCAAUUUGUGGAACAUGAAAGAGAUUCUGAUAGAAUGUCACAAGAGAAUGGCGAAGCUAGUAUUGUAGAUCAAGGUCUCCAAAUGAAUGUCGAUUUAAGUGCCUAUGCCAAGUUUGAAAAGGGAGAUAGAGGCAACGUUAUAAAAUGCAGCGAAAAGAUUUCGGUUAAAAUGAAAGAGAACGCAACUUAUAAACAAGUUCGCGAAAACAAUAGAAUUGAAAGAAAUCAGAAUUACGAAGCAGAUCACAUUGGAAAUACCCGUGGAUAUGAAGCAUCAUCUGAAGACAAUGUAAAAGUUGAGAUCGGUGCUAAUUCCCAGUUUGAAAUGAGUGACUCCAAUAAUAUCUUCAAAUCAAGUCAUAAAAGAAAUAUUGAUAUCAAAGUGGGCGACAAUGUUGUUUUAAAUGGGGAUCUGGGAAAAGUUGAUCACAUCACCAAUAGAGCACCACCGCCAUUAAAAUUUCAUUCAAACCAUGGAAGAAACAUUAACCUAUCCCCUGAUCAGAUGACAGCCACACGAAAUGGUCAUAAAGAUGAAAGUAUAGAUGUUUUUAGCUCAAGACCAUUAUCAUGUGAAGAGGCAAUAGAGGUGGUGGUGCAAAUAGAAUCAAGGAUGUCUGAUAGCUUAUCAUUUGGUUUAACUACAUGUAACCCAGCAAAUCUCAUUAUAAAUGAACUACCAGAUGAUAGCAGAUUUUUAACGGAAAGAGAAGAGUAUUGGGUAAUAAAAGAAAACUUUUGCAAAAAGUUGACGAAAGGAGAUAUAUUACGGUUGUACCUCCGUAAUGAAGGUGAUGUUUUUUAUUCAAUAAAUAACGAGACAGAAAUAUUUUUAAUGGCAGUUGAUGUUUCCUGCCCAGUUUGGGCUCACUUUAGAUUAAAUGGAUCAGUACAAGAAAUUAAAGUCUUAGGAAAUACGACCUUUCAUAAUAAAGAAACCGAAUGUCAACCAUCUGCUGUCAACUCCACACCAAGCGCAUCUCGGCCAAUAUCAACACCUCGUCCAGACCAAUUAGAAUUAAAACCUAUCAAAUUUCAUAAAAAAUGCGGAGGAAAUAUUUCACUUAACCAUCUUUGGACAUCAGCAGAGCGAUGCCGAAGUAAUCCUCAAGAUACCUAUGUUUUUACAUCUCGAAAUAUAUAUCCUGGAGAGCAAAUAGAUCUGCAGAUAAACACUGGCCGUGAAUGUGAUGGUUUAAAACUUGGUUUGACAGUAUGUAACCCUGAAGACUUGAAUAUUAAAGAACUGCCUAAUGAUAGUAGAUUUUUAACAGACAGAGAAGAAUACUGGCUUAUCGAUAAACUUCUCUAUAAAACAUCCCAGACACAUCUUAAAGCACGUGUACGUUAUACAAAUGAAGGUUAUGUGCUAUAUUCAAUAAACAACCAAGAAGAGAAGCUGUUGUUUUGUGUUGAUACCAGUGUUGAUUUAUGGGCAUACUUCAUUCUAAGACAUAAUCAGAGUAUAGAAAUUAUCAGCAAAGACAGUCCUUCAAAUAAGGAGAACCGGUUAAGAGAGACUCGACCGAGUAGAUCAUCAACUGACAACAACAGUUCGAAUAUUGUCAAAAACAUUUUUAAAUCAGCCAUCUCAACUGCUGCAGGUAUCGGAGCUACCGUAGUAGCGAUCCCGUUUGCAGGUGCAGGAGCACCCUUAGUAGGUAUAGCGGCAGGUGUGGCAGUGAACUCUACAUUGAAGUAG